AUGGCGUGCUACUGCGUUCCCAUGGCGCUCUCACGGCACUUCCACUGCAACCACUCUCCACUUCCAUCGAAAACAUCCUAUAAUUAUAGUAAUCAUUUCCGGUCUGUUUGCGGGUUCCCUCGCCGCUGUGGUGAGAUCAGACCCUGUUUUCAUACCGUGACAGCGCCACAGGGAUGUACUUGGAAUGGUACUUUAUAUCAGGUAGGCGACAGUAUCCGGAAGUCCCCCUGUCAGCCAUGCCAGUGUGGCCAGAACGGGCAAAUAUUUUGCGCCAUCGUCGACUGUUUCUUCACGCCAUGUGUUGACACCGUUCAGGACCCAAACCAGUGCUGCCUAACUUAUCCUAAUGGCAAUAACUACCAGGGCCCAGACGGGACCAUCGUCAAACAGGGUGAAGUGUAUAAGCCGGACGCCUUCACCGUCUGUGAGUGCCCCCAGACGGGACCAUCGUCAAACAGGGUGAAGUGUAUAAGCCGGACGCCUUCACCGUCUGUCAGUGACCCCAGAACCAUCGUCAAACAGGGUGAAGUGUAUAAGCCGGACGCCUUCACCGUCUGUCAGUGACCCCAGAACCAUCGUCAAACAGGGUGAAGUGUAUAAGCCGGACGCCUUCACCGUCUGUCAGUGCCCCCAGAACCAUUUCGGCUUUGGAUCGGCCACCGCCAUUUGCCAUCACAGGCUAGUUACCAAGGCCCCACUGGUAGUCAGUUAGUUCAACAUAGA